GUUCAUUAUUAUUUCUUUCACCAAAGUAAAAAAUAUUCUGUCUCUACAUUUUUGCUCUCUCUUGUUUCAAAAAAAGGUUGGUAACGAUCCCACUUUUCUCUAAUGACAAUUUUUUUUUGUAAAGCUAACUCUCUUCUUCUUCUUGUUGAUCCCGAAAUAACUCCAAAGUAUUUCAAAAUGACUAAAAGACAUCAAGAAUUAUCUCCUGGAAUUAAACGCCAAAGAACUGCUUCACAAAGUGAUUUCAUUCACAAUUAUGAAUUGACAGCUUCAGAAACUUGGAUAGCUUGUGGGAACUGUGCCAAUACUUUAGGACUUACUGUAUCUGCCAUAAAGUCCUUUGAAAAAGCAGUGAACCAUGAUCCUUCCAAUACCAGAGCCCUUUGUGGAUUAAGUUACUCACUAAGAUUAAAUGAUAUUAAUUUAAAUGAAACUGUAGGGUCUCAAAAUUCUAUAGAACGAUUGAAUAAAUCAUUAGAACUUUAUCCUGAUUUAUUGAAAGAUUCGGCUAUAUUUAAGGAAUUGGCUGAAUGUUAUAUUUUAAUUGGUCUCAAUGAUCAAGCUCAUCAAUCGAUUCAAACCGCCAUUCAAUUAUCUCAAAAUGAUGCCUCACUUUGGUUAUUAAGUGCCCAAACAUUAAUUAGAGCAGGUGCCAGAAAUCAUGCUGCCGGAUCUUUAACUCACUGUUUAUCAAUCUUACCGGAAUCUUUAAGUCAAUUAUCUUCCUCCGAUAUCGAAACCGCCAGAGCAGCCCAUGCUGAAUUAGCCGCUAUUGCAGCAGCUGAUGGAAAUAUUGAAUUAUCAAUCGCAGAAUUAACAGCCACUUUAUCAUUACCUCCACCACCAUUAUCAAGAAUUGAUGAACAUAUAGCCUUAUGGUCAGCUUUAUCUACUGCAAAGGAAAGAGCUAAUGAUAUACCGGGAGCCAUUCAAGCCUGUGAAAAUGCCGAAAAGGCAGUUGGAGAUUCUCCAAGAAUUUUAAUGACACAUUCUUAUCUAUUACUAUUAAAUCAAAGAAAAUCAGAUGCUGAUUUUGCCAUUCAAUUAUUAGGUAAAAUUAUUGAUUUAGAAAAGGAAAAGGAAAAUGGUAAUGAACAACCAAAUAAUGACGGAGACUUUUUACCUUGGUACUUAUUAGGUAAAGCAUAUUCAUUAAUAGAUCAACCAAGAUUAGCAUAUGAUUCAUACCAAGUGGCAUUAAGAAGAGCAUCUAAUUCUCCAAUCACUUGGUUGGCAGUUGGAAAAUUAUAUUUGGAAUUGAAACAAUUACCCGAUGCUUUAGCAGCAUAUUCUCAAGCUCUUCGUUUACAAAUUGAUGAAGGAUCUCCUGGUACUGCCACCGCUUGGGAUGGAUUAAGUUGUGUAUAUGAACGUUGUGAUGAUCAAUUAAUGGAUGCUUCAGAUGCUUGUAGUAGAUCGGCUUCUUGCUUUAGAGCCAUUGGAGAUAUAAAGAGUGCCUCCUUUUUCGAAGAAAGAGCAGAAGCUUUAGCUAAAGCUUCAAAGAAAGAAGGUCCUAUCCCAGGAUUAAGAGAUCCUCCUGAUGUUCCAAGUUUCUUCUUGAGAGACCUUGUAGCUCUCCUUCCAUCAGAAAGAAUUGCAUUUAUGCAAGGUUCCCAACAGCCCCCACAACAAUCACAACUGCAGCAAACACAACAGCAACAGCCAGGUCAAGAAGGACAACAACCAACUCCUCAACAACGUACACCCGUGCCUCCUCAUCAUAGUCCUUCUGUUCAAAUAAUGCAACCAUUACAAACUCCUCAACAAGUGCCCGCUCAAAGCUUUGGCCAACAAACUCCAUUUUAUGGAAAUCCACAAUCAUUUAAACAAGAACACAAAUCACCUCGUCAACUUCCACCUCAAUUACCACCACCUCAGGUACAGCAAGUAUGGUCACCUAAUCAACAACCUCAAUAUUUCUAUCAACAAGGACCAAUUCCAAUUCAAGCACAGGUUGUAUCUCAGGCUCCUCAUCGUUCUCCAAUGACUCAUCAACAAGUGGUUCAAGAAGGUGGAGCACCCGGUGGUUAUGCAAUCCCACAACCUCCACCACCUCCAGGUUAUGCUUAUGGUCAAUAUGUGCCUAUGCAAGGAGCAGUAAUUCAACAACAUUUUGCUGCUCCAGUAAACAAUUGGAGACGUUAAUGUUACAACGUAUAUUAUAACUAUGUAGAAGUAAGUAAAUUAUGUAAGUCAUGCCAAGUUCCUAAAUAUAGUUUAUCUUUAGCAAAAG